GCUCUGGAAGAUCCCCUGCAACGGCAUUGCCAAGCAGCUCUUCUGAGCAGAAGAAGGCCCUUCAGAAGACGGCUGGUGAUCCAUUGGCUGCUUCGGGCGGCCAUCCACCCAGUGAGGAGGACAAUGGUGUGCCCGAGGAGUCUGUGUUUCCAGCAGUUCCACAUGAAGGCUAUGUGACCCGCAGGGAACAGUUCGGUGCCAAACAGGCAUUGAAAGAUGCUGAUGGUCGCAGAGGCCGUGGUCGAGGGCGGGGCGGUCGAGGCCGAGCAAUGGCUGCAAAGUCAAUGGCGAAACGGAAGAAGGAACCCGAAGGGGUGAACAGUUCCUGCAGCCAGGGACCAGUCGAGAAAGGGUCCGAUCUUCGUCGCAUGACCCGACAUGUCGAGGGCGAGAGCGAGCAGACGGAUAAGGAUGAGACCGGCGAUGACCCGCCGGGCUCAGGCGAGGAUUCGGCGGACACGAAGAAGCCGAAGCCGAAGGCCAAAGCAAAGGGGAAGGCAAAGGCCAAGGCUAAGGCUUUGCCGAAGGGCAAAGCCAAGGCCAAGGCCAAAGCCAAGGCCAAGGCCUUGGGGAAGAAUGGGAAGUCCCAGGCGAAAGCGCCGCCGGGAGCCGAUGAUGAUGAUAAUGAUGAUGUGGAGCCGCCAAGCAAGAAGGCCAAGCUUGAUGUGCAGCCGCCGAGCGAGGAGGCCAAGCUUGAUGUGCAGCCGCCGAAUAAGAAGGCCAAGCUUCAGGCGGGGUCGGCGGGCAAGAAGAGCAACCGCACAGAGGCCUUGGAGACAGCUUUCAAGCAGACCUUCCACUGCUUCACCCAGCAGCGAAAGCCUCCGCCGUUGGUCUUCAAGGACAUGAAUGCCGAUGCUCACUUGUCCAACCCGGACCAUAUUCGUGAUGUGCUCAAGUACGAAGUCAUGAAGUGUUUGAUCGAAUGCCACAAGGCCGGCGAGGCCGACAAGAAAGGCAAGCACAAUCACUUGGACAAGGUGAUUCCGCCUGGGACCUACCGGUACGAGAUGUAUUGGACCCGAUGCUCGGUGGGGGUCAAGAGGCAGGAGGGCAACGAGAUGAAGCAGAUCGUCUACUUUUCGAGGCCAACUACAUGCACGGGCACGAACCGGGUGUUGGCAAAGUAUUUCGCCUGGGGCUUGGAUGGUUUCUAA